AGAAGGGGGGCGCUAUCACGGAAACGCAGGCCGCCGGAGACCCCGCUGCAGCGAGGCCACUGGGCACCCCGGUAGCGGGGCGUGAACGGCUCCAACCGGGGGCGUCAGAAGGACCCACCGGGCGGAGGAGGGGGCCCAUCUAUCCUUCCGCAUUUUCCUGGGUCUCUUUCCCCGGCGGUGACGUGACGUGCUGACGGCGGGCCCGUGCCGGGGAGCUGGGCCGCUUUUUGUCAGCUCCGAGCUCGGCCCCUCCUCCCUCCCUCCGCCCGCCCCACCAGCCGGAGCCCGGCCCAGUGCUCCAGAGAAAGGCCGGCCUGCAGCACCCGCCACCGUCGCCGACCGCCGCACGUCUGUCCGGAGCUGUGACUGAUGAGAAUUAAAGGCCAUGGAUGAAGAUGGACUUGAAUUACAGCCACAAGCGCCGAACUCAUUUUUUGAUGCAACAGGAGCUGGUGCUACACACAUGGAUGGUGAUCAGAUUGUUGUGGAAGUACAAGAAACUGUUUUUGUGUCAGAUGUUGUGGAUUCAGACAUAACCGUGCAUAACUUUGUUCCUGAUGAUCCAGACUCAGUUGUAAUCCAAGAUGUUAUUGAGGACGUUGUUAUAGAAGAUGUUCAGUGUCCAGAUAUCAUGGAAGAAGCAGAUGUGUCUGAAACAGUCAUCAUUCCUGAGCAAGUGCUGGACUCUGAUGUAACCGAAGAAGUUUCUUUAACACAUUGCACAGUACCAGAUGAUGUUCUAGCUUCUGAUAUUACUUCAGCCUCAAUGUCUAUGCCAGAACAUGUCUUGACAAGUGAAUCUAUACACGUGUCUGAUGUUGGACACGUUGAACAUGUGGUUCAUGAUAGUGUAGUAGAAGCAGAAAUCGUCACUGAUCCUUUGACCACUGAUGUGGUUUCAGAAGAAGUGUUGGUAGCAGACUGUGCCUCUGAAGCAGUCAUAGAUGCCAACGGGAUCCCUGUGGGCCAGCAGGAUGAUGACAAAAACAACUGUGAGGACUACCUUAUGAUUUCCUUGGAUGAUGCUGGCAAAAUAGAACAUGACGGUUCAUCUGGAAUGACCAUGGAUGCAGAGUCAGAAAUUGAUCCUUGUAAAGUGGAUGGCACUUGUCCUGAAGUCAUCAAGGUGUACAUCUUUAAAGCUGACCCUGGAGAAGAUGACUUAGGUGGAACUGUAGACAUUGUGGAGAGUGAGCCUGAGAAUGACCAUGGAGUUGAACUGCUGGAUCAGAACAACAGUAUUCGUGUUCCCAGGGAAAAGAUGGUUUAUAUGACUGUCAAUGACUCUCAGCAAGAAGAUGAACAUUUAAAUGUUGCCGAAAUCGCUGAUGAAGUUUAUAUGGAAGUGAUCGUAGGGGAGGAGGAUGCUGCAGCUGCAGCCGCUGCCGCUGUGCAUGAACAGCAAAUGGAUGACAAUGAGAUGAAGACGUUCAUGCCGAUUGCAUGGGCAGCCGCCUACGGUAAUAAUUCUGAUGGAAUUGAAAACCGGAAUGGCACUGCAAGUGCCCUCUUGCACAUAGAUGAGUCUGCUGGCCUCGGCAGACUGGCUAAACAAAAACCAAAGAAAAGGAGAAGACCUGAUUCCAGGCAGUACCAAACAGCAAUAAUUAUUGGCCCUGAUGGACAUCCCCUGACUGUCUACCCUUGCAUGAUUUGUGGGAAGAAGUUUAAAUCAAGAGGUUUCUUGAAAAGACACAUGAAAAACCACCCUGAGCACCUUGCCAAGAAGAAGUACCGCUGUACUGACUGUGAUUACACUACCAACAAGAAGAUAAGUUUACACAAUCACCUAGAGAGCCACAAGCUGACCAGCAAGGCAGAGAAAGCCAUUGAAUGCGAUGAGUGUGGGAAGCAUUUCUCUCAUGCUGGGGCUUUGUUUACUCACAAAAUGGUGCAUAAGGAAAAAGGAGCCAACAAAAUGCACAAGUGUAAAUUCUGUGAAUAUGAAACAGCUGAACAAGGGUUAUUGAAUCGCCACCUUUUGGCAGUCCACAGCAAGAACUUCCCUCACAUUUGUGUAGAGUGUGGUAAAGGUUUCCGUCAUCCAUCAGAGCUCAAAAAGCACAUGCGAAUCCAUACCGGGGAGAAGCCGUAUGAAUGCCAGUACUGCGAAUACAGGUCUGCUGACUCGUCUAACUUGAAAACACAUGUAAAGACUAAGCAUAGUAAAGAAAUGCCAUUCAAGUGUGACAUUUGUCUUCUGACUUUCUCAGAUACCAAAGAGGUGCAGCAACAUGCUCUUAUCCAUCAGGAAAGCAAAACACACCAGUGUUUACAUUGCGACCACAAGAGCUCGAACUCAAGUGAUUUGAAGCGACACAUAAUUUCAGUUCACACGAAGGACUAUCCUCAUAAGUGUGACAUGUGCGAUAAAGGCUUUCAUAGGCCAUCAGAACUCAAGAAACAUGUGGCUGCCCACAAGGGUAAAAAAAUGCACCAGUGUAGACAUUGUGACUUUAAGAUCGCAGAUCCCUUUGUCCUAAGUCGCCAUAUCCUCUCGGUUCACACAAAGGACCUUCCGUUUAGGUGUAAGAGAUGUAGGAAGGGAUUUCGACAACAGAGUGAGCUUAAAAAGCAUAUGAAGACACACAGUGGCCGGAAGGUGUAUCAGUGUGAGUACUGUGAAUAUAGCACUACAGAUGCCUCAGGCUUUAAGCGGCACGUUAUUUCGAUUCACACAAAAGACUAUCCUCACCGCUGUGAGUACUGCAAGAAGGGGUUCCGAAGACCCUCGGAAAAGAACCAGCACAUAAUGCGACAUCAUAAAGAAGUUGGCCUGCCCUAACAAUCCUCUUACAGAUAUUUGUAGAGAAACUGGCCUUGAGACAGAAAAUUCAUUUAAAAGCCAAUCAGUCUUGUUCACAUACAAUACUGUAUAUUGAUUUAUGCUGUGUACAAAUAGGAUUAUUGCUUCUAGUUGACUUUUUUUUUACAUUUUGUUCAAUAGUGUGUUCUGAAUUCUAUUCAGUUUGUUUAAUAAAUGGGGAAAAGCAGCAACAAGGUAGUUGCUUUUAAUAAAAGUAAUCCCUGAUUCUAUACUGGUUUUCUAUCUUAGAAGUUUUAUAUUUAUUUAAAUAUUUACCUUGCUUACCUUAAUGGUACUCUUCUAAGACCAUUUAACUUAAGGUAACUUUACAUUGGUAACUCUGAAAGUGUUCAUGUUGACUUACUUUUUUCUCACAAAUUUCUCACAACAAAAUCGUCAGAGACAUCUAAUGUGAAUGGGAGAAUUUUACAGUGAGGUCUAGUGAUCAUAACAUGGAAAUCAUUCACUCGUCUUGCUUAAUAUCUUUAGAUCGUAUGACAGCGAGAGUUUCCAUUGGAGCUUUCGUGUCCCUGGUUCCACUGAGUAAAGAACAGUGGCUGGGUUUGUGUUUGUUUUCUCUCUCUUUCUCUCUCUAUUUCUCUCUUUCUCUUUAGCAGACAAAAUAUACUUCUUUUGGUUUUCUUUAGAAUAUACAUCUUUUUUCAGUGUAGCAGACUUUCAGAAAACCUUGUUGGGAUUUUUUGCUUGAUCCUAUUAUAUUUUGAUUAUUCUGUCUGUGCUGCUUUUUUUUCUUGGAAUGGUUGUAUGCUACAAAUGAAACCUAACUGAGGACUGCAUUUUGGAGUCUCUUAGGGGGAUCUUGUGGCUCAUAGGAUCUUUUUGCAACUUUAUAUAUGUAAAUGUACCCUGAAUUAUAUAUAAAUAUAUAUACACAUAUAUAUGUAACAUGUAUCUGUGUGUAUUGCUUAUUUUACAUACUUAUACACACAAACCCCAGUAGUAAUUGUUUAAAAUCUAUAAUGAAAAGUAUUAAAUUUACAGUAAGGUGAAAGAUCCAGGGAUGCAAAGAGAGCAUUUUGUAAGUCUUGCUCUUCAGAGAGACUACUCAGGUGAAGAAUUAGAAGGAAAAUAAGGACACUAGUAUUUUUAAAGAGUAAAGGUAUUUUCUUUUAAAUAUCUUUGGUAAUUGAAAAGUAAUUGAAAAAAUAGAAGUUAAGAUGUUUAUAGAUACAAUGUUUUCAUACAGUUUCAAUUCCAUGCCUUUAUAUUUUUCUGAAAAGUGAAUGGGUAUUCAUAGGCGAAUCCCUCCAGUUCUCUCUGAGAAGCCUGAGAGAGAACUUUUGUCUGACCAAGCAAGGGGGGCAGAAACAAAGUGAUGGCACCAUGGACCAGAGAACGAGUGCUAAUUAUGACUUAGACUUCAAAUUCAGCCCGGUCUGUUAUUUUUAGACAGUUCACAGAAACUUUGAAAACUUGACACUCAAGUUGUCUUGGAUUAGAGGAUAAAGGUGUGUUCGAAGUGCAUAAGGAAAGGCUCGGGUCUUCUUUGGAACUUCACCAAGUUGUUCAGUUUUUUUUUUUUGUUUUUUUUUUGAGAGUUGGCAAUUUGUAGCAUAUAGAUCUGAUCAGUGAUAAGUUUGUAAAAAAGAAAUUGCAUAAUUAGGAUUGUGUUUUAAGAUGACUCUUGGAAAAAACGGUUUUUGGAGUCCCUGGAAUUGUCUCUUGGCACACGGAUCUGGCACAUCCUGGGAGAUACAGAAGUUUUCUUCCCACUCGAUCGCUGCCUUGCCACCUCAUUAUGGUGCUCCAUCCCUUUUGUGCCGUUAGGUUUUUACCUUUCAUCUUUCUCUUUGCCAUCAAUAUUUGUAUUCAAGAGUUAUAUUUUUGGGGUUUAAAUAUCUUAAUAUUUGGUGUUUGGCAAACCUCUGAAGUGCUAGGUUGAUUUAGUCUAGUUCUAAAUCAAGAACUUUAGGCUGGUAUGAACUCCAUCCUAAAUGCCAGUCAAAAGCAAGGUGUGGAUUCCCUAGACCUGUCUGAUAGGGAAUUCUUUUGUCCUUGUAGCCUCCUCAAUGUGCUUUAAAAACCAUCAUAACUAUGAUUUGAUUUAUUACCCUGCUAUUCUUGAAAGCUCUGUCUGUUUUUUUGUGAGAACUUUUUAAACCUUUAUUAUUUUCCCCGGAAAUAAUGCAAAACACUUAAACUUGAAAUUUAUAAAAUUUAAAAAUCCUACAAUCAGUACAGAAAAUGUAAACGAUUGGACUAUUGAAUCUUGACUAUUUUUUUAAAUAAACUGAAAGAUAAAGAACACAACACUUUACACACUUUAUAUUUCUCUUUUUUCAUAAUCUGGAACCAUACACAGUUCUUUUCUUUUUAAAGCACAAUAUUGAAGCCUUUAAAAGGUGUUUAAGGGUUUGGUCAAGUGAAUAUAAAAUGUGUGUGUCUGUAUAAAGAGAAAAUGAAGUUGUAGUGACUGUUAUGUACUGACAUUAGUUACAACCUAGUUUUAAUUCUUAAAACAAUUUUGAUUAGCAAAGCUAAAAAAAAUGGAUGUUUCAGUUAAAUGUUUUAAAGAGGUACAGAUUUUUACAAGGACAUAAUAUAAGUUAUUGUUCUGUAGAAAUAUCCUAUUAAAUAUUGUAUGUCCCUCCCUCUGUAUACUUUGUAAAAAAAGUAAAAUACAUAAAAAGGAAAUCAUAUAGGGAUGUGUGACAUUAUUGUAAUUGUGUACUUGAGAAUAACGUGCAAAAAUAAAAAUCAGAAUAUUUUCCUGUUAACGAAUGUUUAGUCUAUUUGAUACCAGUACUAAGUUAAUGCUUUUUCUUAAGAAAAAAAUGUACAGUUUUUGUAAACCUAAUAAACAUCAAAAGCAGUGGAUUAUUUUCAUCCUCCUAUUUCUUAAUUCCUUUUAUGCAGCAGUGGAAUGCAAAAUGCUUGAUUGCUUUGAAUUUUGUGACUUGGAUGCAAAUACUGAUAGUAUUUCAGUCCUGUGAAUUUGCAAGUAACAUUAUAAGAAGCUUAAGAGGUGAUUGGUGAGUCCUUUGAUGAGCAUGUCCUUGAAAUUCCUUUUCUUUUAUCUUUGGAAAGGAUUUGUUUUAUUAGCAUCUCCAAUUCCCAAGAUAAAUUACCCAUGCAUAAAGUGGGUUUUGAGAGCACUUAAAAUUCAUUUCAUUAUCAAUUCAUAACACAUUUAGUCCAUGGAGACUGUCACUUACUUCCUUUGCAGAAGCCCUACCUUUGAGUUACUUGUUUGUGCCCAGUUUGGAGAGCUGUAGUUAGUAGACCCUGAUAUACUGGAGGAUGGUCGUUGUUACAGUGAAAAUUGCAAGUUGGGUAAAGGUCGUCAGGAUUAAAAAGAGAGAUUUGCAGCACUUUUGAUUUUAAAAAUGAGAUUCUGCAGUGUAGGAGCAAGUGUUGGCCUAAUAGGUGAGAUUAUAAAUAUCCAAGAGAAUGUGGUGGGCAUCACUGUCAGUGCCGUAAAUCAUCUGACAAAACCGUCUAACAUGCUGAAAAACUUUGUGAGCCCUCCAAUUCAGAGAAGACAUGCCGCCCUAUUGUUAAUGGGGAUUUUGGCAUUAGUUUUCUUUAUUUCCUUUCUGCAGAAUCUUAGAUUUGUUUAAGGAAAAGCUUGAUCAGUCAAAAUCUUAAGAGUCAGUCUUUCAGAGCAAUGGUUUUCAAAGUAAGGCCUGUAGCCUGGUAAUCUCCUGGGACUUUGUUAAUGAUGCAGAUUCUCAGCACUCCUCCAGGCCCUGAGAAUUGGGAGAUGGCAUGCCCCCAGGUGAUUCUGUUGAGAGAAAACUCUCAUAGAGCACUUGAGACACUAAAAGAUUACUUGGUGUAACUUUUUGUGUAGUAGACAAGAAAAUCACACACAAAAGCAACCAGAAAUGGCAUAGUGAGAGUCAAAUAGAAUCUAGAAAGUUUGAACUUUUGGUUUAUCCUUUUUAUAAAAGUUUGAGCCUGUCAGUAAGUAUAUCCUUCAGUGCGUAUCUAAAUAGCUUGUACCUCCUAAUCUUUAUAUAGCCUCCCAACAUUGCGUUCCUCAAAGGUGAAUAGAGGUCAGAGGAAGAUUUGGCAAGUAAAACAAAAGGACUGAAAAUUGUAUGUGUGUGUUUAAUUGACUCGGAAUUACUAAAGUAAUUCAUAUUAAAAAGACAUUCGGCUGCAUUCUACAGGUUUUUAGAGAUGGUCAAAAUUAAGUUUGCCCUAUGGAUUUUGUUUUUUUGUUUCAUGUAUAUAUUGUUUGACUUUUUCAUAAAAUAAUUCUUGGAUUUGUUAUAUAUUGUUCCUGUUAUUUUUGACAUCUUUGCUAUUGUAAAUAAAUUCCUAUUUUGUUUUAA